ACUUCCGCUUACGCGCCCCACUUCCGCUUCCGGCCCUAGGCUGUGGUGGCUAGCGGUGUGGGGUGGGUUAGAAGGCAGUAGGUGCUGGAGGCGGAGGCGGGUGCCGUCUUUGCGCGGCCGUGGGAUCCUGCGAGCUGGUGCGGAGGAGCGCCGGCGGGCCAGCCCCGGGGCACAUGCGACGACCACCACCCCUGGGCCCCAGGAGGGCCCCGGGUCCUGAAGGCAAUGUGAGAAGCCUGCGGAAACGGCAGGCGCCAGGGCCAGGCGCAGCGAGACGCUGCGGCCCUGAGGCCGGGGGGCGCAGGGAAAAUAGGCAAAAGAGGAGAAUGGUGGCCCAGGCCACCCCUGGGAAAGACAAGGUGGAAAGAGACAAGUCGGUUGCGGCAUCAGGUGCUGAAAAGGCCGCAAGGCGUCGAGUGGAGGGGCCCAGGGGCCAGGUGAGCCCGUCAGACCGGCGAGGCGUACAAGCAGCAAAGGAGGCUGACCUCCGCUUGCAAACGGAAAGACACACCAAGGAAAAAAGAAAAGUUACUGAAGCCUCAAGUGAUGAUCCUGAGCCAGGGAUUGACCUGGUAAGAAAGGAAUCAUUAACCAGUUCGGAAUCUUUCCAAACAGUGGAAUGCUUGCAGUCUUUGGGUAAGGAAGGUAUAGUGGAAGGCAUUAAAAGAAGAAUUCGAAAUAAAAAACUUAAAAGCUUAGAAAACCCACCUCUCAAAAUAACAGAAAAUGAGGCUACACAAAAUAUUAAUGUUGAAUUCCAAGAUGAACUGUACAAGAAUACUCCAAAAUAUUCUUGUAACAUCUUGUCACCUGAAGUAGAAAAUAAUUCCAUUUUGAAAUUACAUGAUUGCAAUUGUUUCCCCCAUUCCAAGGGUUGUAAUGAUGAAAACAACCUGCCAUAUAAGCCUGAUGGUGGAUAUAUGCAUGUAGCAGAAAAUUCCUCAAAGCUAAAGAAAGAAAACCUUAGGAGUCUUGCAGAGAAGAGUGACACAAAUAGUAUUUCUCGGCUUUUACAAACCCAAGAAAGUGUAAUGGGAGUAAAUAAGUUACUACUAGAAGAGAGUGAUUUAUGCCAAAGUAAAACCAAUGACUUGCUUUCCUGCCUUCAACGUGAAAAAAAUAAAUACUCAAUAGAGGAGAGCAGUGUUGGGCGAAAAUCCAGGAAAAGAAUGAAGUCUGAAAAAGCAGGUGAAACAGUUACUGAGAUGAACUUUUCUGAGUAUAACAAGUCUGAGUUGAUGUUACAAGAAAACAAAAUGAUUGCUGAUGGUAAAGAAGCAGAGACUAAAGGUCCUUUAAAUGUUUUGAGAAAAGUAAGCCAUAAUACAGUCUCUCUGAUGGAUCAUUUAUUAAGUUUCCCAGAAACGGUAGGAAAAGAAACAAGUCCUGAAUAUCAUGUAAAUGCUGUGUGUCAGAAAACCAUUGAACCACUUUUGAAAGAAGAAACAGAGAAUGCUUCAGAGCCCUUAGGAUAUGAAAGCAUGGCACAGACAGAGGAUUUUAAAUCGAUGAAAAGCUCCAUAGGGAAAUCACCUAAUGAGUACCAUAUUGAAAAGAGAUCUUCACGGGAAUCUGAAGAAUUGAAGUUAAGCUGUCAGAGAACAAUACCUAUGACUGGUAAAAGAACUUGGCCUUAUUAUUCAUGUGCUAGAAUAUCUGCUUGGUGUUGGAAAAAGGCUUCCUUGCCAGAAUCAAGUUACUUUCUUCCUGGGUCUCAGGAAAGUUGUAGGCAAGGUGAUGUUCUUAAACACCAAACAAACCAGACCCACUUAACUGACUCCAAAUUAUUAUUACAAAGUUCCUUAACAGAAACAAACACUGAAUCUUCAAGUAAAGAAAAACUAGAUUCUAAUUCAAAUUGUUUGUCUUCAGUUUCUGCAAUAGAACCUACUUUAAUGAUUAUGAAGGAACCUAUAAUCAAGGAUGAUAAAAAGAUAAAAUCAGAGGAACUGAGCAGAAGUGGGUCAGAGGUAAUUUCUAACACUACUGAAGAUACUCAAUUAACCAGUGAGACUCAAAUCUUAACAGGAAAUAAAAAAAAAGAUAGAGGAAAUUUCACAAAACAAAAUUUGACAGCGACUUCCAAAGAUGAUCAGGAAGCAAAUAACUCUACAGGCAAAACUGUUCAUCGAAAAGCAUGCAUUGCUAAACAAACAUUUGUAGUUCCAGACUUGGUUAAAAUAUUGAACACAGGAAGGCUAACUAAUUUUAAAAUUCCUUUACUUAAGAAUAAAACAGAAAAAAGAAAAGAAAUAAAUGCCAAGUCAUCAGAGAGAGAACCUUACAGUCCUCUAGAACUUCUGGACAAUAUAUCUGGAGCGGAGGUAAGACAGAAUAGGAGUAAAGAAAAUAUCUCCAUGACAACAUUAGGACCUCAAACUUUGAGCAUACGAAAUAGCGUAGCUCCAGCGCAAGCUAGUUCUGAUUCAUUCCACAAUAAGAAUUCCUGUAGUAUUUUUCCAAGGUUUACAAAGCAAGGUAACAAUAACAAACCAUCUAAUCACAUCUCUGAACGAGGCAAUAUUGUGUCUAAUAAAGAAGUUGCUUCUCUCACAGUUGAAAAUAAUGCUUUUUCUUGUGAUCCUGGGUAUGUAGAGAAAAAUUCUUCCUUCAGCUGUAAUGAGCAAGAAACACUCCAACCAGUUUCCAGUGAAGUUAGUGGUAGAAAAAUAACUAAGAAUUUUUCAGAAAUCAAAGUAGGGUGUCCAGAUAUUCUUAAAGCAUAUGAAGAUGAUGUCCUCUUAAUUGAUGUAAUUCAAGAUGACCCAGACCUCUUUGGAGUCUCCAAUGAAGGAGAGCUCUCAUUUACUUCAGAGGUCCCUAGGAUAAGCCAGGAGCCCGGUGUUGCUGGAGAGCACCAAUCAACAGACUUCAAGUACGUGGAAACUCCAAUAAAAAAAGAACCAAGUGAUGACUUGAGAGAACUUUCUGUACUGGACUGUGGAUCGAUAAAGUCAGAGACCUGUACUUCCAACUCAGCAGCAAGUGAAAUAAGACAUGAUUCCAAAGAUGCGAACACUUCCUUAGGAAAAGUUGCUAAUGAGGCCUCUGAAAAUGAAACACUGGGAGACUUCAGUGAACAAAUAAAAGAUUCAAACUUGGAUGAAAAGCAUAGAUUUACAAACAAAGUGAUUACGAAAGAAGAAAAAGAAAACAUUUAUGAAGUGUGCAAAAGCAAAGAUUCUAGAAAUGCAGACAUUAUGGUUGGUGAAUGCCAGUUUGCAGCACCAGUCCCAAAACCUCUGUGCUUAUUAGUACCUCCUUUGAAUCUAAGUGGUCAUCAAGAAGAAACAAUACUGAAUACCUGGAUGAAUGAUUUCAGAUUUUUGGGAAAACAUUCUGUCCUAAAGCUGCAGAAUCCUGCAACUUGUGAAAUAGUUAAGAGGGAAAAAAAUGUGGGGGUGUUCCAGAAGUCCCUGGGGUUGAUGAUACCCUAUAAAUAUUGCAAAUUUCAUUUUAAUACGUUACGUGGCUGUGAGCGUCCACUGUGCAAGUUUGUUCAUGUGCCUGAACAAGGGGAUGAAAAGGUUUGCAUGGAUGUCCUGAAGCAAAGAAUAAAUGUAGAAAGUUUAUAUAUAUUUUCAUUUGCAGUAAACAUAUUUAUGGAAUACUACAGAAAGUUUCCCCCAGGUAUACACUUUGAUUUACAAGUGCUAAAUGACCUUCUAAAUUCUUUACUCAAACAUGGUUUAUUGAAAGAAGUAUUUCAAAUAAUGAACCUCAGCAUAAUGGUUAAAAUACAGCCUUCUCUGAAAAUAUUACUAAACAUAUUUGAGCAUGUGGCAACUAUGAAAUUAAGGAAUGCUGUACCUGCUUUAACUGAUAUAUUUUGCAAGCUUAUUGAAGCUGGGAUGGUCCUUGACCCAGAGCACUUUAACUAUAUUGUUAAGCUCUUAUACCAAGUACAAGCUUCCAAACAAGAAAUAACUGCAGUUCUGGAACUGAAAUCCAGGUUACAGAUGAGGCAAUUUAAAAAGAAUUGGAAGUGUGAUUUAGAUUCGGCCUUGAAUAAAUUAGAGCAUUGUAAAGAAAGAGGUGACUGGACCAGAUUGGGAAAAUUGUACCUAAAUGUAAAAAUGGGCUGUGAAAAAUUUGCAGAUUUUGAGACGUUUUGUGCUUGCAUUGCUAAAACACUUACAAAAAACUAUGAAGAAGAAAGACCAGAUGUUCCUUUUUGUGAAUUUGCUGAAACAGUUAGCAAAGAUCCACAAAACAGUAAAGUAGAUAAAAGUGUGCUGGGAAGAAUCGGAAUCAGUGCUUUGUACUUCUAUCACAAGCUGUUGCAGUGGUCCAAGGGAAGGAAGGUCUUAGAUAAACUAUAUGAAUUAAAAAUACACUUUACAAGUUUAAAAGGACUUAUAGGGCCUGAGAUGUUAGCAUCAAGAUGUCAGAUUGUGAAUGUUGCAGCAGAAAUUUUUCUAAAAAGUGGAAGCCUAAAUGGUGCCAUUUGGGUAAUGAGGGAGUCAGAAUGGAUAAUCGAUACGCCUCUGUGGCCUUGUGAUAGGCUGGAUGUGCUUAAUCGACAUAAUUUGCUCUGUACAAUUGCACAUGACAUCUUAGCCAAGAGCCUUUUUAGACAGGCAUUUGAAGUUUUACAGAAUCUACCAGGUUUUCAGAAUUCUCAAGAAACUGUGGAAGUCUCGCAAUAUAGCAUUCUUUUUAAUAAGCUUCUAGAUUCCUGUAUAGAAAGCAACAGUCUUGGUAUGUCAUCCUCUGUGGCAGAAUUCAUGAUUUCAAAGAGCAUACCUAUUGAUUUUUCCUUUCUUAGAAGAUUAAUUACUUCUUUAGGAAGGAGUUGUUUAUGGCUCAAAGCCAGAGCCCACUACAAAAGUGCUCUUUCCUUGGGUUGCUACCCACAACUGGAAGGAAAUUUAUACCGAAAACUUCUUCUAAUUCCAUCUUAUUUAUCUGAGAUUGAAAUGCUUUUAGCGAUUGAAAUCUUCAUGGUAUCUAAUGCUAGUAGUAUUCAGAGUCCUGGAACUUCUACACAGAUACUACAGAUAGUUUUGAAAAGGUGUGAAAACAACCAGUCUCGGAGGAAUGAUGAUUAUCAAGCCGCAGUGGAAAGGUUAAUUAUGGCUGCUCGUAUAUCAGAUCCAAAGCUUUUCAUCAAACACAUGACUGUCAAUGUUAAUAAGGAACAAGUUUAUAGUUUGGAACAUUGUUCUGCCCUGAAAUGGUUAAAUGAGAAUAUGAAGUGGGCUGGAAAGGUUUGGCUUUUCAGUAAUCAUUAGUUAAUUUAUUAGUCUGCUCUUUUUUUUUUUUAAGUUCAAGUAAUCAUUGUUGAAAAUAAAAGGCAAUAAAAAUAAAGACAGUUUCACUA